AUGGAUAGAUCAAGUCAUUUACUUUAUAAUCCCUUGGAUAAUUUGGAGAUAUGUAAGAAAUGGUUGAAUAUAACAGAAUCACUUGAGAAGUCCUUGAUAAAUACUCCAACACAUAAUAAUAUUAUUAAGUCAAUCAAUAAAUUCGUAAAUUCUAAUAAUAUUUCAGAAGAUAUAUUGAAUAGUAACUUUAAUAAUAAUCCAAAAUUGAGUGGUAUAGCUACUAAAAUAAUUAGAUUAGAUAAGAAGAAAAUAGAAAAAUCUGAUUGUGAAACAUCUAAAAAAAAUAAAAAAGCAAUGAAAUAUAGUAACUUAUCUGAUAUUAUUGAUGAUAUUCGAGUCAAUAAUUUAUCUUAUAAACAUUUUAUCUUUUUAAAUGAACUUUGGAAAGAAUAUAUAAAUAAUAUUAUAUCAAUAAAUUCUGAAAAUAUAACAAAAUUAUCCCAAAUUUGUAAUUAUAUAACCCAAUGUGAUUUUCAUGGAGCUUUAUUAGAAAUUAUUAGAAGUAAUAAUAAGGGAUAUAUUAAUUUGAAGGGUAUUAUAAUAAAGGAAACCCAAGAAACAUUUGUAAUUAUUUCUAAAGAUAAUAAAGUUCGUACCUUAAUAAAAUCUGGUUGUACUUUUAUGAUACAUUUGGAUAAUUAUAAAAUAUUGUUAUUUGGUACCCAAUUUUGUUAUCAUCCAGCGGAAAGAAUAAAACAUAAAUUUAGACAUAAAGCCUCUAUUAAUGCUAUUUAA